UCUUCUUCCUUUGUUUUUCCGGGAAGAGAUGUGUUUUGGCAGCGAACAUUUUGUGUAUUUAUUGAGUGCACGACAGCGAGUAGUGCAUUUUAAUUCCAGAAAUGUUGUCUGUCAACUCUUUGAGGAUUGUUGGCUCAUCCCGGGCUGUACUGCACUCAAGCUGGCUAACCACCAACCGAGUGCUUGUUUUUAAAGCUGUUACAUGUACAGCUUACUGUAUGUCUACCAGCCUCCACAGGAAGGGCACAUGGCACAGCAACAUGAACUUCAGAGCACUCAGAAAGGGGAGAGAGCUGUUUUACUUCACUAAUCAAUCCGCUCCACCCAGGAAUUGCUGCACAAGUCAAAUUAAAUUGAACUGUUGGAAUUGUAAGCAUCUUCUUGACAAAAGACCUGCAUUUUUCUGCGUGUCAUGCAAAGCAGUGCAGCCCCCAGUAGAAGGGACAUCCUACUUCAAGAUCAUGGAUUGUGACUACACAUUCACACUGGACACACAAAAGCUGCAGAAAACAUACUUGCAGCUCCAGCGGUCUCUUCAUCCAGACAACUUCAGCCAGAAAUCUGUGAAAGAACAGGAGUAUUCAGAAAGCCAGUCUGCUCUCGUUAACAAAGCAUACGGCACUCUGCUUAAGCCUUUGAGUCGUGGUCUUUAUAUGCUGGAACUAGAGGGAAUGAAUAUAGAAGAGGGCACAGACUCUGGAGCUGAUUCAAAUUUUCUAAUGAAGCUGAUGGAGAUUAAUGAGGCCCUCGAUGAAGCACAGACUCCAGAAGAGGCCAUUAUGAUUGGCCGAGAUAUAAAAGGAAAACUGGCAGACUUGACAGCGCAUAUAGAUGCUGCUCUUCGUAAAGGAGAGCUACAGGCCGCCAAAGCAAUACUUGUCCAAAUGAAAUACUAUGCAAACAUUGAAGAGAAAGUAAAGGAAAAACUUUCAGAAUUCCUGUAGUUUUCUCACUAUUUAAACCACUUUAUGAAACAUUUUUGACACUUUAAAAUGUUCUGUAUAGAAUUGCACAAUCUAUUGUACAUUUAUCUUGGGAGCAUGUAAUGGUAUUUUUAAAGCUGAAUAAUAAAACUUUACUUGUAA